GAACGCCAGAGCUCCGAAGUGCGUCAGUUGUCGAGAGGCUGAGAGGAGUUGUGGGUGUGUGGGCAGCUGGACGACUCGGCGGCAGACUCCGGACCUCCGUGAGGCUCAGCUGCGCAAGCUUGCUGUCCGGUAGCAGGACGCGCUAGCCCGACGCCAUGAGCGGCUGUCGAGUGUUCAUCGGGAGGCUAAACCCAGCGGCCAGGGAGAAGGACGUGGAGAGGUUCUUCAAGGGCUAUGGACGGAUAAGGGAUAUUGAUCUGAAACGAGGGUUUGGUUUCGUGGAAUUUGAGGAUCCCAGGGAUGCAGAUGACGCUGUAUAUGAACUUGAUGGGAAAGAACUUUGCAGUGAGAGAGUGACUAUUGAGCAUGCUCGGGCUCGGUCUCGAGGAGGCCGGGGUAGAGGACGAUACUCUGACCGUUUCAGUAGUCGCAGACCUCGCAGUGAUAGACGAAAUGCUCCACCUGUAAGAACAGAAAAUCGACUUAUAGUUGAGAAUUUAUCCUCCAGAGUCAGCUGGCAGGAUCUCAAAGAUUUCAUGAGACAAGCUGGGGAAGUAACCUUUGCGGAUGCACAUCGACCUAAACUAAAUGAAGGGGUAGUUGAGUUUGCCUCUUAUGGUGACUUAAAGAAUGCUAUUGAAAAACUUUCUGGAAAGGAAAUAAAUGGGAGAAAAAUAAAGCUAAUUGAAGGCAGCAAAAGGCACAGUAGGUCAAGAAGCAGGUCUCGGUCCCGGACCAGGAGUUCCUCUAGGUCUCGUAGCCGAUCCCGUUCCCGUUCCCGCAGUCGCAAGUCUUACAGCCGUUCAAGAAGCAGGAGCCGGAGCCGGAGCCGGAGCCGGAGCAAGUCUCGUUCUGUUAGUAGGUCUCCUGCGCCUGAGAAGAGCCAGAAACGUGGUUCUUCAAGUAGAUCUAAGUCUCCAGCAUCUGUGGACCGCCAGAGGUCCCGGUCCCGGUCUCGAUCCAGGUCCAGGUCCAGAUCAGUUGACAGUGGCAACUAAACUGUAAAUAACUUGCCCAGGGGGCCUUUUAUAAAAAAAAACAAAUUCCCAAACCAUACUUGCUAAAAAUUCUGGUAAGUAUGUGCUUUUCUGUGGGGUGGGCUUUGGAGGGGGUUGGGUUGGGCUGGAUAUCUUUGUAGAUGUGGACCACUGAGGGGUUGUUGAAAACUAAUUGUAUUAAAUGUCUUUUGAUAAGCUUUCUGCUCACAUUUUUGUGACUGUCUGAAGUAUAUAGUUUGUGUAUAUUGACAGAGCUCUUUUAUAACUAAAGCAAAUUUAAUUUUUUGUACUAGAAAAAAUUUGAACAUUUUAGUUCCUGGUUAUUCUCACCUAUGUUAAUUCAGAAUUAGCUUAAUGGCUCAAUUAAACUAACAGCUUUGGACAUUUAAAAGAGCUCUGAAUUUGCUUGUACAUAAAGGCUGAAUUUGAGUUUUCCUUGUCAGGGUUAAGGGUGUCCUACCCAUGCUCUAACAGCUGCAGGACAGACACAGUGAAGCAGCUGUUUGUUAUUGAUAAUAAAAUAUUAUAAAACUG